CGGGAGCAUCACAUGACUUCAUCUACAAUCAGUCGAUCAAUCUUCCAUUCUUGUCAACAAAAAACAGUGUUCCGGUCCGAUCGGCUCACGGAAAAGAAGGAAAAAUGUCGUUCUUAAGCUCUAUCCAUUUUAUCUCUUUGGCAAUUUUCAUUGUGAUAAGUGGUGCUAUGUCAGAGAGUACCUUACGUCUCGUAAAUGUGCUCUAUCGUCAUGGUGAUCGUUCUCCAGCUGAAACUUUCCCCAAUGACCCUUAUCAGGAGGAUAGCUGGCCUCAAGGAUGGGGUCAACUUUCUAAGCUUGGGAUGCAGAUGCAGUACGGUCUCGGCCAGUUCUUAGGGAAUAUGUACCAAGAACCUGGGUUCCUAAACACCAACUACACCCGGACUGAGAUCAACGUCCGCAGCACCGACGUGGAUCGCUGUCUGAUGUCAGCGGAGAGUAAUCUAGCGGGGCUGUACCCACCGCUGGCAGAGAUGCAGUUCAAUCGGAAUAUAUCCUGGCAACCCAUCCCAGUGCAUACCAUUCCGAAAGAGGAUGAUUAUUUACUGCGUACAGAUGGCACGCGAUGUCCAUACUAUGAUGAACUGUAUGAUAAAGAAUUGGAGGACGAUCGUGUGAAGGAAAUCAACAAGGAAAACAAGGCUUUCUUUGAGAUGCUAAAGAAUAAUACUGGUGUCACAUAUGAUAUCACUCUGAGCAAUGUCUACAAAAUAGAGGAUCCCCUCUUCUGUGAGCAAGCUCAUAAUCGUACUCUCCCAACGUGGGCAACAGAUGAGGUCAUACUUAAGCUGGAGAAUUUGACAAAUAUCGGCAUGGCAAUGCUUUUUGGCACAAAGGAACUUGCCAGACUCAAAGGAGGUCCACUGGUUGGUAAGAUGAUCGCCGACAUGGAAGAGAAAAGUAAAAAUGUGUCUGGCAUCCCUUCCAAGUUCUACAUGUAUUCAGCUCAUGAUACAACGCUGGCCGCCUUCAUGUCUGCAUUGGGCGUGUACAACGGAAAACAGUCUCCGUACGCAUCGGCCGUGGGAGUGGAAUUGUGGGAAGACAAAGAUACCAAGUCAUUCAACAUCAGCAUGUGGUUUAGGAAUUCUACAGACCAGAAGGUACCUUACACACUUCAAUUAAAGAGCUGUUCCGAUAUGUGUGGGCUGGAGCGUUUCAAAGAGCUCUUAAAAGACGUGGUACCUUUAAGCGUUGAAGCUGAGUGUGGAGCGACAUAUAAAAAGAACUACACAAUACCUAUCUUGAUUGGAACAUCCAUCAUUGCCCUGAUCCUUCUGCUUAUUUUCCUUUUCCUGAUCUGCAAAGGAAGGCAGCAGGAAACGAAAGAAGGGCACAGACGCCUUCCGCAGGACGUUGAGGCGUAGCAACAGUCCGCUACCGCCCAACGUUGUCCUGAAAUGUUGUCAAAUUGACCAAGGUCAAACAAAGAUGGUGAAUUGACCACCAAUGUUGAUUGACCAUUUGACCAAGUAGAGACAUAGCAAUAAUCCGCUACUGCCCAACAUUGCCCUGAAAUUCUGUUUGAUUGACCAAUUUACUAAGGUCAAUGUUGGUCAGAUGACUACCGGUUCUUGACCAAGGUCAAAGUUUAUUUUCAUAUUUUCAUAACAUAGGUAAAAACAAUUACAAUUGCUACAGCGCAAUAUAAUUCAAACUCUUUGAAUUUACCGAAUCACCAUGGUCAGAGUUGGUCAAUUGAUUGAUUCACCUACGUUAAUUGAAUACCUAGGUGAAAUGUGGUCAAUGGAUGAAGGUCAAAAUCAUUUCCAUUAAAACAGAUUACAACAUUGUCCUAAAAUGUUGCACAAUAUUGUUUUAAAGACCAGCAUAUAUCCUUUUGGUGUCACACUUAUAUAUCAACAAUGCCCAUGCCUCAAAUUAUAUUUAUUUAUUUUUUAUUUUUUCCUUCAAAUUCUGCUUUUAUUAUAAGAAAUUAAAGUCAAUUACAAAAUUUACAAAUGAUUAUUAAGUGAUUGCAAAUCACAUAAACUCAAAUAAUCUGCUUAUAAUACAAUACAUUCACUUGAAAAACAUAAAAUUCUUUAUUGUUCUUAGAACUAUUAUCAAUCAUAUAUCAAAAUUAUUGUACUUUAAAAGUUGUCUAUAUUCCCUCUAGUACAUAUUGAUGGUGUAUAUACAGAUUUUUCAAUCAUUGCUCAGAGGAAAGUAUACUUGUAUUACAAGUUUGGACCCAAUGGUCAGUGGAAUUUGCAAUAAAAAUGUGCGCUUUUGAUAUUG